AUGCUGGAUAACACGGUCCCCAAAUACAUCGCCAUCAGGGCCGUAAUCCUUGGAUUCCGCCUUGUCACUCCCUUCAGCAUAUUCUGGCUGUCGUUUAGCAUUGCCGAGCCGCCUCACACUGCGUUUCGCCGCUUUCUACUUACUUGGAGCCUGAUUGAGACAUUGUUUUGGCUGCUCGUUUACCUGCCACGGAAGCGUAGCCUCCAAGCCUCGGCCCAACACCCCCCCGCGCCUGAUGCUGCCGAGAGAAAGGCGUUGUUCUGGAAAUGCUGGGACAAGAUUCCCCACCCCGAGUACUAUAUCAGUAGGUGGUUUCUUGGCGCAAGGCCGGGCGAGGUGCGAAGAGAGAAUAUUCGCGAGUUCUUUGCAUGGGGGCUCUUGUAUCGUGGGUCCGAGACCGAGCAGGAGCGCGUAGUUCGCGUUCAAGCACAUCCCGAUGAGUCAAAGGCGCAGGAGGAAGAGCUUGAUGAGUAUGCAAAUGGCAUCCAAACCUUGCUUGGCCGAAGACUGGAGCCAGGUUGGGGUAGCGCAAAGAGCCUGCGGUUGACAGUCGACGAGGUCAGGAUGUCGCACCGCCCAGUCCUGUGGUACAUAAUUGUAAUGUUGGUAGACACAGUUACUGCGGCUUGCCUCCGUUGUAGUGGUUUCAGCCUUUAUCGAACUCACCUACGUUCUGCAUUAGCCAUCUUUCCCCCUCGUCCUGCCGUUUUGUUCACCAGAUCAAGGUCUUCUGCGCCAGAUCUCAGUUACUGGUAUCGCCCGCACACGUCGAAGACGCGGCUGCCCAUUCUGUUCAUACAUGGCAUUGGCAUCGGGCUGUGGCCUUAUACGAGUUUUCUUGCCGAGAUCAACAAGCACGAUCCUGAUGCUGCACAGGACGGCGAAAUAGGCAUCAUUGCGGUCGAGAUCAUGCCUAUCAGUUUCCGCAUUACUGGUCCUAUUCUGGGAAGAGAUGAGAUGUGUCGUCAGAUCAACAUUAUUCUCGAGCGACACGGAUUCGACAAGGUAGUUCUUGCCAGCCACUCCUAUGGCUCUAUAAUCUCUACCCAGAUUCUGCAAAAUGCUACCACAGCUGCAAAGAUUGGUCCUAUCCUUUUUGUCGAUCCAGUUACCUUCUUACUGCAUUUGCCCGACGUGGCCUACAACUUUACUGCACGACAACCCCGAGGCGCGAACGAACAUCAGCUGUACUGGUUCGCUUCUACCGAUAUGAUGGUAGCGCACACUCUAGCGCGGCACUUUUUCUGGGCGCAGAACAUCCUGUGGACCGAAGAGCUUCGCGGGCACGAUGUCACAGUUAGUCUGGGUGGCAGAGACUUGAUCGUUGAUACAGAGACGGUCGGCAAAUACCUAAACAGGGUCGAUUUGAAGAGCGAAGAACAGAAAUGGAAAGAACAUGAAUGGAAAGGUCAUGGUUUAGAGACUAUCUGGUGGCCUACGGCAGAUCAUGCACAAGUGUUUGAGAGAAGAGAUGCGAGAGACAAGUUGGCCCAAGUGCUUCGAGAGUAUGCAAGGCGGAAACCUGGCGAGGAUGAAGUGCAUGACUUACCCUAG